AUGGGAGGAUGCACAGAGUGGUGUGAAAGAAGUCAAAAAAAUAAAAUGCAAACAAAUACCCUGCUCAGCGGUAUUGCAACAUUAGUUAUGUGUGGUUUUUUCGUCGGAUCCAGCAUAUUCAAUGUGCAUCUGCGUUACCAAAGCUGGACCCUCGGCCACUCGGACUCAGUGCUUCUACUAAUUGUGAAUCUGUUCUACGUAGCGGCCUUCGCCGGUUCCCUGGUUGGUGCUUUUCUGAUACAUCACUAUGAGAAACUUUUCCUUUCCAGAAUCUACCUCCUGAUGCUGGCCAUCGCCAGUAUCCUGUGGACGAUCAUCCCAACGGACACGCUUGGGACUGCCUUUGCUCGGGUGUUUGCCGGUUUUGCCUACGGAAUGGCCUACCUUGCGGUUCUAAUUCACGGCGGUGAAGUGCUGAUCAAGGAACAUCGGGGCAUGGUCAUCGGAUGCAUCAACCAUGUUCUGUUCUUCGGUAUUAUUGCUCACGGUGCGGUCAGUCCGGUCGCACUAACGGACAUAAACCUGGAAUCAACUCGAAUCAUCGGUAUCAUCGGCAUCAUGGUCACCCUAUUCGCGACUCUAAUCGGACAGUUUAUGACCUAUGAAUCGCCGGUUUUUCUGGUACAGAAAGGUCGCGACGCCGAAGCUAUUCAAUCUCUGAUGAAGCUACGGUUGGAAUCGAUGGAAACGAUCGAAAUCCGGGAAGCUUACAUCGACAUCAAAGUGAUGCUGCAGGAGGAUUCUCUCGCAACCGGCUCGAUUUUGGCGGACGGAAAUUGGCGACCACUUCUGCUGCUUUGCCUGGGCAAGCUAGCAGCCGUUUUUUCCUUCAAUGCAGCCCUCAAUCAGGUUCAACUUUCGGUCGUCGAUUUGCUGUACGAUCUGCCGUAUUACAGCAUUUCCGGUGCAGUGAUUCUGUGCAUCCGAAUGGUGGGAGGUUUAUUCUUCGUUUACAUCGUGGAUUUGGUCGGUCGAAAGCCCCAGCAAGUGCUGUCUACAUUUCUCUGCGGUGCCAUGCUGAUUUCACUGGGAAUAGUCUAUCUGGUGUUUGAUAAUGUGGACAAAAAUGUUGGUGGAUCCUUGUUCCUGGUUUACGCACUGCUAGCCUGUACCGGAGUAACCCUUGUGCCGGACGUACACCAAUCGGAAGCUUUUCCAACCGGAAAGAAAGCUGCCUCGAUAGUCGUCGUUCAACUGAUCGAAAGUGCUGCCCAAAUUUUGUUCAUUUCGGUUACGUUCACGUGGAACUUCGAAAACACCGCGAUUUACGGAGGAAUCCUUCUGACCUGCGGCAUACCACUCAUCCUUAUUGCUAUUCUACUGUUUGUGAUGCUACCCGAAACGAUAAAAUUAACUCUCCGACAAUCGAGGGCAGCAUUUGCCCGAAAACCAUCCAUCUAUGAAAUCAGUUCAGAUGGAAAGGAGAGCCCAUAUUAUUGA